AUGAACAAUAAGCUAGUUAGUAGCAAGUGGAUAGCAAAGAGAUAUGUUAAUGUGUUUAGAAUUAGGAACAAUAUCACCAUUCCAGAAUUGAGAGAUGACAUCUGGAGAAGGUUUGCAACAAAAGUUGCCAGAGAUAGGCUUUACAAAGCUAUGUCUAUUGCCCAACAAUUGGUUAGGAGGACAGUCACUGAGCAUUAUGGACUUGUGAGGAGUUACAUUGUAGAGAGUAGAAGGGUAGAUCCCACUGGUAGAUUUGAGCUGAUUACUGGGGAAGGUAGGGUGUUCAAGGCAUUGUACAUGGGUUAUACUGCUUUGAGGAAGGGUUUUCAAGUGGGGUGUAGACGAAUUCUUGGUUUGGAUGGGUGUUUUCUAAAAACUUGUUUGGGAAGGAUACUCCUUUCUGCAGUUGCCAAAGAUGAUUUGGAGAUUACAGAUGGACAAGGCUGGACAUUCCUUUCAGACCAGCAAAAGGGUCUUGAAAAUGUUGUUGCCACCAUAGUUUCUCAUGCCGAGCACAGGAACUGUGCUAGGCAUGUAUACAUGAAUUGGAAAAAGCAAGGUCACACUGGAAGCACUUUGAAAAACAUAUUUUGGAGAGCUGUCAAAGCCUCUUACAAGGAUGAAUACAAAAGGGCUAUGGAAGAGAUGAAAGCUGAAUCAGUUGCAGCAUAUCAAGACUUUAGAGAAAUGGAUGUACAUAGGUUUUGCAAGGCAUUUCUUCCUACUACUACUUUCUCUUAUAUGAUUGACAAUAAUAUUGCAGAGACCUUUAAUGGUUAUAUCAUCAAUGCAAGAGGCAAAAUGGUUAUACACAUACUUGAAGAAAUUAGGACCUCAAUAAUGGUGAGGCAGGUUAAGAAACUUGAAACAAUUGGUAAGGUGACUGAUACUCUUUGCCCUGAAAUUAGGAAGAAGUUAGAGAAACUGAGAUGGUUGAGCAGGCAUUGUAUUCCGUAUCCUGUUAUAGGUGGAAAAUUUGAGGUUCUUGCGAAUGUAGAUAAGUUUGUUGUAGAUGUUGAAAUACGUACAUGCAGUUGUAGGAUGUGGCAGUUGAUUGGUAUUCCAUGUGUUCAUGGUAUUUGCUCAAUACAAUACAUGGGUCUAGAUGUUGGGAAUUUUGUGGCAGAUUGGUAUGGUGUUGACAGGUAUAAGGAGUGUUACAAGUUCGGAUUGCCACCAUUAAAUGGACAAAGGAUGUGGCCAGAGGUAGGUGAUGAUGAGAAAGUGAAACCCCCACUUGUUAGAAGCAUGCCUGGAAGGACAAAGAAAAAGAAAAGGAGAGCACUUGAAGAGAAGGACCCCAAAAACCCAAACAAGCUUAAAAGGCAUGGACAGAUAAUCACAUGCAAUAACUGCAACAAGCUUGGCCAUAACUCAAGAACUUGCACCAAGAUGACAGUUGUAAGGCCUCCAAAAGAGCAGCCAAAGAGAGGUCGGCCGAGGAAGAAGGCUGACAAGGAUGCUACUUCAACAACCAUAAGACAGGAGUCUAGUCAAGCCAUUGCAGCUAGGGAAAUGAAUUUUGCCAAAACUGGUGCUGGAGUUUAUACAAGCUUGGGGACAGGAAACAUCUACUACCAUAUGCCACAAAACACAAAAGUUACUCAUGUUAACAGUGCAAACAAGGGCAGUGGAACCAAGGGCAGUGGAAGCAAAAUAAGUGCAAGUAAAGGAAACAAAAAAGCAACUCGAGGACCAGCCCCAAUGGAAAGAGGAAGUGAAGGCCCUACAGCCCCCAAUGUGGGAAUGGUUAACACUCAAGAAAGCGGGUGUUCAACUGGAGAUGUUGGAGCACAAACUAACAUUUAG